AUGCUGCACCUGGUCGGGGUUUUGCUGUCCUGCGGAGCGCUGUGCAUCGCGUCCCCCGUGCCGCCCGCCGCAGGAACGGGCUGUGCUGCCAGAUCCCUCAUCCAGGAAAUCCUCAACGACAUUCAGACACUAAACUCUGAGGGCAGCAGCAAAAUCACGCCUCUGAACAACAUGAUGGAGGUGGGAGGGAACGUAACCGCCUACCUGGAAGGAUUUAUUGAAGCCCUAAAAAGCAGCGAAGAGAGGUCGAAGGAGAGACUAAUAGUCCAGAAGCUGCAGAAAAUCCAGGAUGCCGGAAAGUCAUGCCUCAGGGGGAUGGGAGACAAGUGGGAGCCAGUGGAAGAGGAGGAUUUUUUCAUGCUACAUGAGGGUCCCAGUAUCAUUAACGAAGCGAACAUUGCCCCUGAGAAUGAGAAGCUGCAGCUGACAGCUAAGAUUGAAGAUUUGCACAGCACUGUCAUAAAAAUCAGUUACGUCAGGGAGCAGUUCUUCAAACCGCUUCAUGUACAGAACGAAAGUUGUGCACAUAAUAACACCGAAAAAUUUAUUCAUGAACUAAAAAAGAUAUCUGCAUGUAAGUGUAUGAAGAGAGUUGAAAAAGACAUGGAAAGGCUGGAAGAACACUGUUCCAUUUUGAAGAAAUCUUCAAUCAAUGACAAAAGAUGCCUAGAGACAGCAAAAACAAAUUUCUCACAAUUUAAAGAGACUCUGAAAAAAUUCUUGAAAUGGAUCAACGGCAAGCAGAACUGCAGCAACAUCGUGAGAAGUGAGUCGGGUUUGUAUCCGGACGGCAAAUGCAGCUGCCGUGACCCGUGGAAAUACCGCAGAGGCUUGCUCUAG